AUGGCUUCUAAGGUGAAAGUAGCCAUUGUACUUUUUCUUGUGAUGCUAGUACCGACUUCAAGAGCAACGUCGGAUGACGAAGUGAUGCUCUAUUUCCCGGCAGUUAAUACGCCGAAUGCGGCUCCUGGCUGGUCGAGCCGAUACCUGAGGUCAACCGAAUCCUUGACAACGACCAAUGAGGGCAACGGCGAAGAGAGGGCAGCCAUACCGGAGUCUUUUGCCAAAUUGAAAGGGUAUUUCGAUCCCGUAACGGUGGCCAAAGAAGGCGAAACCAUGCCGUUGUUGAAAGAAAGCGACGCGCUUAACGAAGGAAGCAAGAAGAUGAACGUGCCAAUGGAAAAACUCAAGAAUGCUUAUAAAGUCUAUAAGAAGUGGUGGGCUACCGCCAUGAAUUCUAUCUUGCGCAAAGAUGACGAAGUCAAGCGUCUAGUCCAGAAUGUAAAUAACGAUGACAUUAAGUCAAUUAUAAAAAUUCUGGAAACGAAACACUUUCAGCGGUGGUACAAUAUGCAGAGAUCUGCGGAAGAUAUUCACGACCUUUUGGGGCUCCCUAAAGGCCCUGCCCUCUUAGAGAGCCCACUUGUGUGGGUCUGGCUGGAUUACACGAUCUGGGUCGGCAGAAAUAAAACCCCCGAGAAAACAAUUGAAUUGCUGGAGAAAAUGUUUGGCAGCAAUGUUGUGGUUGCGAAGAUGUUUCAGGAUGUUACAGGGGUUUCAACUUUCGAGAUGAAGAAUCAUGCGGCGAUGUUGAGUGAUCAGUUCUUGAAUUAUUGGCUUAAACCUGAACACGAUUUGGCACAACUCCGGACGAAACUGACACACGCAGGUUUCACUGAAGAAAGGAUAGCGUAUUAUGAGAAGAUUUACAAUCAGUACCACCCGGCACCUAAAGCAUCUGAAGGCCCUAAAGCACCUGAAGAAGCUAAAGUACCUGGGCCUGGACGAGUAUGA